AUGGCUGGCAUGCGCCUGGGAGCGAAGAGCAUGAGCAAGCUCACUAGUCGAAGGGACAGCAGGGUAACUGUUGUAGCCUCUGUUCUUCACGAACGCGACUUCGCCAGCUCUAACCGCCCAAUCCACAGCUUGUACCAACACUCAUCCGGGACUCCCUGUCACGUCGCGUGGUCCACCAGAAGUCUCCCACUGGCGAUAGCUGGCAGUUCUUCCCGGCGCACGCAUCUGACUAAAGCCGGCCGUCGUUCUUACUCUACGCCAGCAUUUCCAGAUCGAAGUGGAGAUGAUUUUGCUAUCCCUAGGGUUCCUACGAGAGUCCUGAAGGCGCUCAACUCGAUUAUGCAAGCAACCUUUGGGAGACGGUUCGAAGUAGUGGUUUUCGGGAGUACUUGCUACGGCACGGAUAGCGCAGACAGCGACCUUGACCUAUGUAUGCUGGACCACAAGAAACCCAACGGCACUUUGCCAGAGAUGACGGCUGUCGCGGCUGCACUCAAGACCGUCAAAUCGUUGAAGCGAAGUUCAGAACCCAUGUUCAUCAACGUGGAGGCCAUACCUAGGGCUCUCGUCCCGAUUGUGAAGUUCAAGGAUACAGUGACGGGCUUGUCGUGCGACCUGAACGUCAACGACCGUCUCGGGGUCGUGAACACCUUACUCAUCAGGCAAUACUCCAUGCUAUCCCCGCUGGUCCGUCCGAUGAUAUAUGUGAUCAAGUACUGGGCGAGGAAUCGGGAGCUGAAUGAUUCAUCCGCCGUACCGGCGACACCCAGCAGCUACGCAUACGCGCUUAUGACAAUAGCUUUCCUGCAGAUGCGCAGUUUGCUCCCCAACCUUCAGAGGCCAUCAGACGCCGAAUAUCCAGAUCCAGACAAACACAUCUGGUUCCGGAGGGUGACGAGAUAUUCAGGAAAGAUGGCGCAUAUGAAGUGUGAUGUGCGGGUUCUGGCUUUGGACAAGUGCGUAUGGUCCCGUCACGCUGACUUGGUGGGCUCUUUUGACGAAUAUAUCAGCUAUUGGGCAUCAGAGCAUGACUACUCGCGCCUCGCUAUAAGCGUGCGCGACGGCGGAAUCGUUCCGAAAAUUGACAUCGUGAAGCGUCAUUCUCCUGAGAUAGACGUCGACAUCGAAGCCACGCUGACCUCGAUCAAUGAGCUUCUACACUUCGUGCAACCACCGUGUAACUUGACGGCCUCGGUCUCGAUGAGAGACUUCAAGAAGUUCAAGGAGGAGUGCGCGGAGGCUUGCAAGCUUUUACAGGAAGGGCUGCCUAUCCAACAACUCUGUAGCCACAUACCUGGUCAAAUAUUC